AUGAAAGUAUCUAAUAUUUGGCAUAAAACAAUUGGUGAUAAAUCUGUCAAUGAAUGGAUUUUAUCUAUGGAUAAAUAUAUUGACAAUCCAACACCUCAUUCUGAAAAUGAAUUUAUUCAAAUUAUAAAGAAUUAUGUUUUAGAGUUAUUAGAUGAAGAAGAAACAGCAUAUUAUAUAUGUCAUCUAUAUUGGGAUUAUUUUAAUCAUCCGUAUAAAUUAUUAUGUAUAAUAAAAGAAUCACCAGGAUAUAAUUUUAAUAUUUUUUUGAGAAACCAAUAUAGUGCUGAAAUUUUUGAAUGUAUUUGGAUGAAAAAAGAUGGUCCACCAAUUGAAUAUGUAUAUUUAUUUGAUGAAAUAGAUUGGUUUUUUGAAAAUAUAGAUAUUGAACCAGUUAAAAAAGAAUUUGAAUUUAUUUGUGCCGUUACAAAAUUUUCAAAAUUACAAAUAACUAUAAAUGAAUGGAAAAACAAAUAUUAUUUUUAA